CUGAAGGGGUGAUGGGCAGACAGAUGAACAGUGGAAGAAGGCAGAUGGGCAGAACGGGAACAAGACAGAUAAUUAAUUAUUGGAACAAAAUAUGGGGCGAGAGUGGAGAAGACGCAAAAGAGAAAGCGGAUGCAAAGAAUGCAGGAUAUUGGGAAGUAGGACCAAGAGAUCCAGGAUUUGGGGGCAGCUAUAUGGACGGGUCGUAUAUGGGAGAUGGAGGGAGGCAGAAUAAGAUGUAUAGAGGUAUAAAAAGCUGGCUGGCAGGUGUGACAGACCCCCUCCUCUCCAUCCCUCUUCUCAGGGGGCCUGGAGCAAAGAAAGGGAAAAAAAAAUAUAUCACAAGAAAAGAGGAGGGAGAGAUUUACCUCCUCCUACAACCCCCUCCUAUCCUCGCACCCCCCCUUCUAUUCUCAGCCAAUGGCAGAAUGAGCUGCACCAUGCACAGGACCGUAUAUAAGACACGAGAGGGGGGACUGGGUCGUUCAGAAGCAGAGAGAGACCGAGGUGACACCACUUUGGGAUAAAGACACUGGCAAACAAUUAGGACCUCUCCCUUCUCCCUCUCUCUCACUCCCUAUUUCCAAAAUCUAGAACCCCCCCUCCUACUCUUUCCAGACAAAGACCCCCCUCCCACCGUACCACCACUACCUCUUCAUCCUCGCCUCCGCGGCUUUCUGCACCAUUCGCUUUUAGAUGCGAUUAUAAAUAUAUAUUUCUAUUUUUGGAUAUUUUUUAUUUCACGGCUGAUCCAUUUUUUUGGAAUUUGUUCCCCAAUUUUUUCCUUUCCAAUUUGAGGGAAUAUUUCGAUAUAUAUAUUUUUUCAUAUUCCGGUUUCUUGUCUCGAUCCCGUGACGGCCGCCGGGAGGGGGCAGGGGAGCGGCGGGGUGGGCAGGCGCACCUCGGACGCCAGAACGUUGAAGAAAGGGACACGGCGGCAAGAGAGGCGCAACCGAAAAUCUACAGGGUCCAACCUGCGUUCCUUAAGCAUGGUGACUCAGAUAAUCAGCACCAUGGAGACCCAGGCCAGUAAUGGGCCGGGAAGUGCCGGGAUCCUGAACGGCACCAACGGAGCUGCCGACGACAGCAAAACCAACCUGAUUGUUAACUACCUGCCGCAGAACAUGACCCAAGAGGAAUUCAAGAGCCUCUUCGGAAGCAUCGGAGACAUCGAGUCCUGCAAGCUGGUCAGGGACAAGAUCACGGGUCAGAGUUUGGGAUACGGGUUUGUAAAUUACGUGGAUCCCAACGACGCGGAUAAAGCCAUAAACACCCUGAACGGCCUGAAACUACAAACAAAGACCAUCAAGGUAUCGUAUGCCCGUCCUAGUUCAGCCUCCAUCAGAGAUGCCAAUCUGUACGUCAGCAGCCUCCCAAAAACCAUGAACCAGAAGGAGAUGGAGCAGCUGUUCUCCCAGUACGGCAGAAUCAUCACGUCCCGCAUACUGGUGGAUCAGGUCACUGGUGUCUCGAGGGGCGUGGGUUUUAUUAGAUUUGAUAAAAGGAUAGAGGCGGAGGAGGCCAUUAAGGGCCUGAACGGACAGAAGCCCCUCGGUGCCAGCGAACCAAUCACAGUGAAAUUCGCCAACAAUCCCAGCCAGAAAACAGGACAGGCGCUGCUCACCCACCUGUACCAGACCACAGCCAGGAGGUACACGGGACCCCUGCACCAUCAGACGCAGAGAUUCAGCACCCCUCCGGCCUCGUAUACAAGGCUGGACUCUUUAAUAAACAUGGCGUACGGCGUCAAGAGGUUCUCUCCCAUCACCAUUGACAGUGUUACCAACCUUGCCGGCGUCAGCUUGACGGGUCCCACCUCCGCCGGUUGGUGCAUCUUCGUCUACAACCUGUCCCCGGAGGCAGAUGAGAGCGUGCUGUGGCAGCUGUUUGGCCCAUUCGGAGCAGUCACGAAUGUCAAAGUUAUCCGGGACUUCACCACCAACAAGUGCAAAGGCUUCGGAUUCGUCACCAUGACAAACUACGAUGAAGCCGCCAUGGCGAUCGCUAGCCUGAACGGAUACCGGCUUGGCGACAGGGUGCUACAAGUGUCAUUUAAAACCAGUAAACAACACAAAGCGUGAAGAAGAAAAAAGGGGCAGGAGCUAGGGUGGGAAAGAGGAGCUAGAGAGGGAGAAAGAUGGAAGACAGCGGAUGUUAGCAUGGGGGUAGAAGGGGAACAGAUCAUGGAGAGAGCAAAAACGAUAUCGAUACCACGUCUCCAGAGCUGAUACAGAACGUAUUUGGCUAGGACUUUUUAUUGUGGGCACAUCAAGAGCUUGAUACGAAAUAUCAGGGGCAAAGUACCCAGGGUCCAAUUUUUGGGAUAAGGGAUACAGAACAAUAUUUAGAACUUGGCCUGGUGAGACGUUACAGAAGAACGUAGGUAGAUUGGCUUCCAAGCCACUGUAGAAUAUUCACAGACUGGUGCAUUUGGAAAGUAAAUGUAUAAUGAUAAAAAAACAGCCUCUAGUGGUGGGGACAGGUACUGCAGGGAGGGUGAUAAGACUAGAGCUAAAAUGCCGACACAACAUGGGAACGGACAAAGACUCUGGCACCUCUAUGGCUGGCACAGGGGGGUACAGAACAUUGUAGCCCUAGAGCAGGGCGCUGGUAGGGCCAAUAUCUACUGCGCUCUCUCACCAGCAGUGAACCGGUUAAUAUUCUACCAACGACAAAACAGAAUCUUUAACCCUUUCACUGCUCCCAAACUCUCGCUCUCUACUCCCUCGCUUCUCCCUAAAGAAAGAUAAUAAACGAAGAAAUGAGACGGGCGCAGAAAUGAAAGAGAUAACAAAACAAAAAAAAAAGAAAAAAUAUCUAUUUUUAUAAAAAAGGUGAAAAAAAAAAUCCCGUGAGCAGUUUAAGCUUUUUCACACUUGUCCCAAAAAACAGCUUGUCCAUUCAUACUUUUAAUUCCCUAAUAUGGGUCCCCAAAUUACGAAAUUCUAUUUUUUUUAAAAUAGACCAAUAAAAAAAUAUGCCUAACCUCUCUUUUGUGAGUGGUUUUUAGAGGGGCAGUGUUACAUUGUCUUAUCCGUCAAUACAAGUUAAAAAAAAAAGUCCCAGUUUGUGGGGUUCAUUAAAUGCCUUUUCAUUCACAUUAAGUCUUCAUUUCUUUUACAUAAAAAGUCCCUAAUUUAGGGAAUUAAAACCAAUGGAAAAAAAAUUAAUAUAUAUAUAUAUAUAUACGUACGCAUUUUAAACCCGAAAGAAAAUCCAAAAAUGGUGUAUUUUUCUUAACGUUAUUAUGGAAUUAUGUACCAAGUUUGGGUAGUAAAAAUGGCUGAAAGUUGGCGAUUAUAGCUUCAGCCCCACUUAUCCGGGAAUUUACUAAAAAAUAAAAUUACAAUCAAUUCUUCCAGUCGAACAAAAAAAAAAAAAAAAAUGAUAUAUUUUUGAGGGAUUUGUUUCUUAAGUCUUGAAAAAUAUAAUUUCAUUUGAAAACCUGAUAUGUAAAAAUCCCUAAGCAGAUAAUAGACAAUGUAUAUAUAAAAAUUCUAAUUUUUACAAGUUUCACGCCGGCUCUCGGCAGCAGACGGCAUAAGAUUUGGCAACUCUGCGAUUGGCGAUUUUUCGGGCCGAAAUUGUGUUAGUGAAUCUUUGCUCAAAGGGUCUUGAAAAGAUUGAAUAUCCGAGUGGCUGGUUUAAGGGCUUAAAUGUAAGAUUUUGGAGUUUUUUGGAGUGCAAUGAAACAGUUUGUCCACAUAUUUCUUGUUUAACAAUGAUGUCAUUUCCCCUAAAUGAUUCUAUAGGUUGGAUUCGAUUUAAUGUCCAAAAAAAAAAAAUUUUACUAUUUUUUUUUUGUGUUUAUUUCAAAUAAUAGGUGGUCUAAGCCAGGUUGUUUAAAAAAAAAAAGCCUUGAGCCGGCUCGCCAAAAAUUUUUAUGACAGCAGCAAAGGAUUAAAUUGUAACACGGAAAGUGGGACUGCAGCCUUAAUUCAAAGCAGAUAUUCGUAUACCAUUCACGAUUAUAAGAUUUGCGUUCAUUUAUUGUAUACCAGAAAAUACCUAGUAAAAAAAGAAAAUUAGGUUGUUUUUAAUUAAGUUUGCGUCUGUUCUAUAAAUCGUUUUCUCGUUUAUUUUCGGUCCCCCUCCCCCGAAAAAAACAAAAACAAAAAAAACCCUCUUUUUUAUUUUUUUUGGAUGUUUUGAUUUAAAUAUUAUUUAUAGGAUUUUUUUUUUUGUGUUUCUUUUAAAAACAUAACGUAGUUUGGGGAAGGGAAAGGGUAAAAAAAAACUUUCUCUUGUCCCUACAAUUUUAGUUAGAGCUUUGUGUUCUAGUUUCUGUGUGGUUACUCUGGCUGUGUUUAGUAGAAAGUUGUAGGAUCUCUUGCAAAUUAUUUAAAAAAAUAAAUAAAAAUAAAAAGAAGAAUCGACAGAGGUUUUAAAAAAAAAAAACUGAAAAAAAACUGAAGAAAAAAAUAUUAUGAAAACCUGGCGAGAUCUUUUGAAUUGUUGUUUUUAACUUAUUUCGAAGUAUUUAUUCUUUAUUUGUGUGGGUAUAAAUAUGUGCAUAAUUUAUGUUCUUUCUGAGCCUAAACAAACAAGGAUUCUUAUUUCUUAAACCUUCCUCCUUCGGAGGAGACGGGUUUAAUUUGGUCUCGAGGAUAAGGUGAUAAUUUAUUUAACGAACGGAAAAAAAGGGGGUUGAAACAUUGUUUAAAAAAAAAACAAAAUAAAAUGUAAAAAAAAAAAAAAAAGAAUAAUGUGCAUUUUUUUAUAAGCUGGUUUGAAAUCCAAGGAGCUGAGAGCACUGAAUAAUAAAAAAAAAGUAUAAAAAAAGAAAUAAAAAGAUAAUUAUUAAUAA